GCAUGCCCCAGGAUUUGUCAGAGGCCCUGAAGGAAGCCACCAAGGAGGUGCACACCCAGGCAGAGAAUGCUGAGUUCAUGAGGAACUUUCAGAAGGGCCAGGUGACUCGAGAAGGCUUUAAGCUGGUGAUGGCCUCCCUGUUCCACAUCUACAAGGCCCUGGAGGAAGAGAUUGAGCGCAACAAGGAGAACCCAGUCUAUGCCCCGGUGUAUUUCCCUGAAGAGCUGCACCGCAGGGCUGCCCUGGAGCAGGACUUGACCUUCUGGUACGGGCCCCGCUGGCAGGAGGUCAUCCCCUACACCCAGGCCACCCGGCGCUAUGUGCAGCAACUCCAAGAGGUGGGGCGCAGGGAGCCUGAGCUGCUGGUGGCCCACGCCUACACCCGCUACCUGGGGGACCUGUCUGGGGGUCAGGUCCUCAAGAAGAUUGCGCAGAAGGCCUUGGACCUGCCUAGCUCCGGCGAGGGCCUGGCCUUCUUCACCUUCCCCAACAUUGCCAGUGCCACCAAGUUCAAGCAGCUGUACCGUUCCCGCAUGAACACUCUGGAGAUGACCCCUGAGGUCAGGCAGAAGGUCAUCGAAGAGGCCAAGACCUCGUUCCUGCUCAACAUUCAGCUGUUUGAGGAGUUGCAGGAGCUGCUGUCCCGGAAAGCUGAGGACCAGAGCCCCUCGCAGACUCCAGGGCUUCGCCGACGGGCUGGCAGCAGGACGCAAGACUUAACUCCCCCGGAGACUCCCAGAGGGAAGUCCCAGUGCAGUGUCUCCUCCCAGACACCACUCAUCCGAUGGGUCCUCACACUCAGUUUUCUGGUGGCAACAGUUGCCAUGGGGCUUUAUGCUAUGUGAAUGCACAUGUGUUGGCUCCUGGAGCCAUGGACUCUGUCCAGUGGAGGGCCCUCUUUCUAGAGAGGGAAAUCCCUUGGCUGGCUUCCUUCCCUUGGGCGGAUGUCAGCUCCACCCCAUCCCCCCCCCAUCCCUCUCUCUCUCUGGCAAGAAAGAGUCUGUGGCGCCUUCCCAACCCAAAGCCCGUCCAGCCAAGGACCUGAACUUCCAGAGUGGGACGUGGAGUCCUGCUGGGCACUCAACACUCCCCUCACCCAUUCCUGCAACAGAGCCAAGAAGAUGUGGCCAGAAGUAGCAACCAUUCUGAACCUCCAAGCACCUGGGUUCGCGGUCUCCUUGUUGAUGUGCCAUGACCGCUUCCCCAGGGGCCAUGGCAUUUUUCAUAUAAAUGUGCCAAGAUGUUGUGUCUUGUGUUUGUCUUGUUUUUGUUGGAACCACUUUUUGUUCUAGCUCAGCCCGUGGUAUUUUGUUGUGUUCUGUUUUUAUAGCAGGGUUGGGGUGGGCUU